AUGGGUAUCAAGCAGCUCUUCCAGAUCAUCAAGGAGGAAGCUCCUGAAGCCAUCAAGGAGGGAGAGAUCAAAAACCACUUUGGUCGGAAAGUAGCUAUUGAUGCUUCGAUGAGCAUAUACAGUUUCCUUAUUGCCGUGCGCUCCGAUGGACAACAGCUGAUGAACGAAAGCGGCGAGACGACGUCCCACCUAAUGGGAAUGUUUUACCGCACAUUGCGAAUGGUCGACAACGGCAUCAAGCCGCUCUACGUGUUUGACGGUGCCCCGCCAAAGCUCAAGUCUGGCGAGUUGGCAAAGCGAUUUCAGCGCAAGCAGGAGGCUACAGAGGGCUUGGAGGAAGCCAAGGAGACGGGCACGGCCGAGGAUGUAGAGAAAUUUUCGAGGCGGACUGUGCGCGUGACGAGGGAGCACAAUGCUGAGUGCCAGCGACUGUUAAAGCUCAUGGGUAUUCCUUUCAUCAUCGCCCCCACGGAAGCCGAGGCGCAAUGUGCGGUUUUGGCGAGGGCUGGCAAGGUCUAUGCUGCAGCUAGCGAGGACAUGGAUACGCUGUGCUUCAAUACUCCGAUCUUGUUGAGGCAUCUUACUUUUAGUGAACAGCGGAAGGAACCUAUUCAAGAGAUUCAUCUUGACAAGGUUCUUGAGGGAUUAAACAUGGAGAGAUCUCAGGUGAGUUUCCCUACUUCAAAGAUUGAGAUACUAGGUUACUAUGACGGGAAGUUUGUCCGGCUAACGAAAGCUCUGCGUCUUCAAAAAACAAAGUUUGUCGACUUGUGUAUUCUCCUCGGUUGCGACUACCUUGAUCCGGUUCCUAAGAUCGGCCCUACAACAGCCUUGAAGCUCAUUCGCGAGCAUGGAACGCUUGAAAAAGUGGUGGAUGCUAUUGAGAGGGACCCGAAGAAGAAGUACACGCUGCCCGAAGACUGGCCUUACAAGGAUGCACGAGACUUGUUCUUCGAACCCGACGUUCGAAAAGCAGAUGAUCCGUUGUGCGAUUUCAAAUGGGACAAGCCUGAUGUUGAGGGACUCGUUACAUUUCUUGUCACGGAGAAGGGGUUUUCUGAGGACAGAGUCCGCGGUGCGGCUGCUCGGCUGGAGAAGAACCUCAAGACAUCGCAACAAGCGCGACUGGAGGGCUUUUUCAAGCCGAUUCCCAAGACGGAUGCGGAAAAGGCUGCCCACAAGAGGAAACUGGACGAGAAGAAUGAGGAAAAGAAGAAGAAGCUGAAGCAGGACAAGAAGGACAAGGCGGCUCAGAAAGCGAAGCCUCGAGGAACGGCUUAA